GUUUCUUCACCAGUUCCAGAAUUCUGAAUUGCAGUACCACAGGAGGAUCUCUGAGUUAGGGAUUUGGUCUGCUAUGGCAUCCAAGCGGAUUCUCAAGGAGCUGAAGGAUCUCCAGAAAGAUCCUCCUACCUCUUGCAGUGCUGGCCCAGUAGCUGAAGAUAUGUUUCAUUGGCAAGCAACAAUCAUGGGUCCAGCUGACAGUCCCUAUUCUGGUGGAGUGUUUCUUGUUACUAUUCAUUUUCCACCUGACUAUCCGUUCAAGCCACCAAAGGUCGCUUUCAGGACAAAGGUUUUCCACCCGAACAUCAAUAGCAAUGGCAGCAUAUGCCUAGACAUUUUGAAGGAACAGUGGAGCCCUGCACUUACCAUCUCCAAGGUACUGCUCUCUAUCUGUUCUCUGCUGACAGACCCUAAUCCUGAUGACCCUUUGGUGCCGGAGAUUGCUCAUAUGUACAAAACUGAUAGGAGCAAGUAUGAGACAACUGCCCGGAGCUGGACUCAAAAAUUUGCCAUGGGAUAGUUGCUGUGACCAUCUCUGUCCCUGCUGUGGUAUUUAGUAUUAUAUAUUAUGUAUUUAAGAAAUUGUGUUCUUAUGCAUAAUCAAACUUAAAGGCUGCUGUGGUAUUUAGUAUUAUAUAUUAUGUAUUAAGAAAUUGUGUUCUUAUGCAUAAUCAAACUUAAAGGCGGGAAAGUCGAACAGGGUCCUACCUGAAACAAUUUGAUUUUCUCUUUGCUUGCAAGAAAGUUAUCAGUUAUGGUGUUAAAACUCUA